UCAAUUCAGUUGUUUGUAAACAAUCAAAGUUCAAACAUCGUCCUCCUGUUUGUCGUGUUCAGUUAGUUUUUUUAAAGCCAAAAAUGAGCCACCAGUGUCCGCUUGACAAAGAAAAGUAUCCCCUGAGUACCCAGAUACUGAACUACUACUUCAAAUACGGGCAGAAUAGGAAUUUGGAGAAGUACCUGAAGCCAGCUCGAUCAAAGUCCUCAAGCGAGGGCAGUCUUUCCGUUGCCCACAACAAGUACAUCAAUCAACUGACAAAAUCCCUGGAAAAUCUCAAUGUUCUCCACAAUCUUGGUGAGAAGGAAGCUUCCCAGGAAGAGGGGGCAGCAGCUCCUCAAAGUGCCAAGGAGAAAUCUCAUGGGGAAGAGGGCAAAACGCCCAAGAAGGAAAAGGAACCUCCUGAGUCCGGACGCAAAAAGGGGAAGUAUCAGUUUGUAAUUGAUUCAAAUGUGAAUAUCACCAUUCCCCUGAAUCCUGCCCCCAUUGCCGAAGUCAGGCAGCACGUAGAACCAUUGCCAGGUACGAGUCAUCAACCUAUUGGGAAUGUAGCACUGCCGGAGAUGCCAUUGGAGGGAAAACAGGGCGUUUCCACGUCACCCACGAGCAGUGUUAUUUCCAAUAAACAGCGACUUGAGUGGGAUUCCUUAGCGGACAUUGGGUAUGAGUUCUGCAAUCUCACAGAAGCUCAAAUGAGCUCGCAGGAGAAGGCGGUUCUCAGGAAGUUCUUCACGGAGCGUGGACUCCAACUCAAUCAUCCACUAAUCCUUCUUUCCCCAAAUAUUGCCGGUGCAAAGGGAGGUAAUGUCAGGAAGGAUGGAAAUGAGGUGGAGAAAGCUCCAAAGCCACAGAAGGCAGUCUCCAAGAUAAACUUCAAUGAAGGAGAAUUCAGCCAAAGUACUCCCCUUCGGCCACCAAUUGCACACGAAGAGAAGUCUUCCCAAACAACCAGCAAAGAGUUUCUCAGUAAAUCCGUUCAAGCUGAGAAAUCAAUGCUGCAGGUGCAAAAUUCUGAGGAUCAAACACCAUCGCAGCAUCCAACUGGUGGAUUACAAGAAACUCGAGGAAGCUUUGAAUUCUUUGGUCCCCCAAGGAUUUUGCAGAAUAAAGAAAACAUCUCUCCAACUUCUUCGCUUAAGACUUCCUCCAGUAAAAGCAAAAACAACACAGGAGACGACCUGAGAGCUCACAUUUCAAGCUACCUAGACUCCUCGCAGGCUGAAGAUGAUUUUCAGCGCAAUCUCCAGCGAGCUACAUCCCUCAUUACGCUCCUCUUGGAUUCCAAAAGUAUCUCGGCGGGAACAAAAAAGGACCUUGUCCGGAAGAUUUUUGACAAACUCGCAAAGAGCUACCGAAGUCGAUCGCAAUCAAAGAGUGAAAUCUCAUCGAAUUCCCGAACUUCUGAGCACUCCCGGAGAUUCUAUGUGGAUGAAUUUCAAAAGUCUGAAUUCCUCAAGGAAUGGCUUAAGCCCCUGACAAACUCUAGUGGAGACUACAGAGCCCCCGAAGAUGCAUCCAAGCCGUGCUCUGUUGUAUCCCAACCACUGAGUAAGCCACAAUCUCAACCAGUGUCUGAAGGAUCAGUCAGAUCCCAAAAGACAGAAACUUCCCGGAAGUCAUCGGCGAAAUUCAGUGGCAAUGCGGAUGAUCAGGGUGUUUCCAAGGAGACUUUGGCAAAAGAACUUCAACUCUUGCGUAUUGAUCAGGAGAUUGAGCAUCUUCGGGGUAUCCGGAAGAUGAUUCUUGAGCGAUCAAAUAAAACCCAAAUAGAUCCUUUACAAGGAAUAGAUGACCAGAAAUAUGAGGAGUCUGCUUUGUCUGCAGCUGGGACGUCUUCGUGGAAUUCUCACUGCAAUAUGAAGCAAUUUGUGAAGAAUCGCUCAAAGUUGAAGACCCCUUCGGAUCAUUCGGAGGCAGUGGAGAGUAGUGGGAGCAUCCCAAAUAGUCAAAAUAUUUCUCAAAGUAUCUCCAGUGGAAAAUACUAUUCAGAACCAGUUGAAUUGAAUUAUCAGGGAAAAGUCGUGGCAAAGUCUAAGAAAUCCAUCACACCGCAUUCAACUACAUUCUCAAGUCUCCUCUCCAGCUCUCAUGAUCCCCUUCCAGCAGCAGCAGCAGCAGCAGCAGCAGCAUCUGUCGUACCCAAGAGGAGUACCGUGAAAAGUGCCCAAACGCAGACAUAUGAUUCAAUUCGUGGUAUCAAUAAUGCAGUAAUGAAUAAGCAGCAACAGACGAAGCUCGAAUCAAUUGCCUACAUAAUAACACUGGACAGGGCAGCGGACAAAAGGGUCAAAGGGGUCCAGGAGUACUUGGUGGAGAAUCGUCCGGGGUUUGUGUGUAGUGCAAAUGAAAGGAAAAAUCAAAUUGAAUUACAGAGGCAAGAGCGACACAGGAGAAAUGAUGAGAGGGAAAAGUUGCUGAAAGCCAAAACUCUUCCUAUGCACAAAUUACAUUCGCUAUUAAAGCCCCAACGGCAUUCACCCAAGAGCAACGCAUCGGUCAUCUACAAGCAGAAAACAAGACGAAAGUACAACAAUCUCGCUGAGCAAAUAAAAAAGAAGGAGAUGGAGAAGACAAAGACCUACAGGGAGAAUAUUAAAAUGAUUCAGAUGAUGUUUAAUAAGAAUUUGCAGCGCAAAGCUCUUCAUGGGGAAACGACAAUUCCUCACAGUGUACCGGUCAUCAAAUCCAUAUAAGGUAAUUAAUUAUUUUGUUGUAUGAUUUGUUUUAAAUUCAGUUAAAAAUUUCAAUGAAAAUUGCGAAAUUUUUGUAAAA